AUGUUGAUCGAGAAUUUUAUCAGAAAAAGAGAUAUUUACACGGGGUUUUAUUUUGAUUAUGCUUUAGAUGAGGAGGACCACAUUUCACGUUUAUUUUGGGCCGAUGCGAUAAGUAGAAAGAAUUAUUGCUUAUUUGGAGAAAUGGUUACUUUUGAUUGUACUUAUAACACCAAUAAGUAUAGCAUGGUUUUAGCCCCAUUUAUUGGUGUAGAUCAUCAUAAGUGUUGUAUUACAUUUGGUAUAGGUUUAUUAGCUAAGGAAGAUAGUGAAUCUUUUGAGUGGUUAUUUAUGACUUUUUUACAUUGUAUGGGGGAGUGUAUGCCAACAUAUUUGAUAACUGAUCAAGACCUUGCAAUGAAAAUUGCGAUUAAAAAUAGGUACAAACAAGAUAAGCUCAAUGCUGAAUCACUUCACACAAACCCACAAUAUAAAACACCAUUGUCGAUUGAAAAACAUGCCGGUGAAGUCUAUACUAGAAAAUUUUUUUUUCUUUUUCAAUAUGAAGUUUAUAAGUCUUGUUUCAAAACUUAUAUUCAAAAUAUUGAAAAGAUUGAAAGUGUGGAAAGUAUAACUGUUUUGGACUCAACGGUAAGUAAGAUGUACAAGGUGAAAUUUAUUCUGGGAAGUUCAAUUGACGAGUUGAAGGUAGAUUAUCGUUGGACGAAGCUAGCAUUAAAGAAGCCUAUUUUUGAUUUGCAUGGGAAUCUGAUUGAAGAGAGCAAAAAGUAUGGCAACGUGGGGAAGUUGUUGGGGGAAGUUUGGUGUGAAAUUUUAAAUUGUGUAGGUUUAGCUCAAAGGGGUGAGAGUGAUUUACAAUCACUUUUACAAAACCUAAAAGAUAUUAGUAGAAAAUUGGAGGAAAGUGAUGAUGUGAGGGUGGACAUUACUAAAGAGCAACAAAUCGAAUUAUUAGUAGGCACAAGUUCAUCUUCGACAAUGGAAAUAUAA